GAAAAAAGGUGAACGCAUUUGUAAAAACACCUAACCGAGUAGCGCUACGUGUGUCGUCGGUACGUACACGUCUUUAUCAGUAGAUAAUGCGAUACAUCGAAUCGAGUUUAGGUGUUUUCCACGUUCAGUUGGUUCUUCCUCGUUGCUCGCGAGAGAGAAGGAGCAGUGUUGUUCCGUAGUGCACCUACGUGUGAAAGGAUUCCCGGAGAACGUGCACCAAAAUGGCUGCCACACAUCUCGAUGUUGGUCUACGCUGCAUCAAGUACCUGCUUUGCGCGGUUAACUCCCUUUUUGUGUUGACGGGGAUUAUGAUAAUAUCUGUUGGAACAACAAUUUAUGCAGUUUAUGAAGACUUCUCUCAUUUUCUUGACUACAGUUACGUUUCUCCAGCAACUCUGUUAAUCGUCGUUGGAAUUCUUGUUUUUGUAAUAGCUUUCCUAGGUUGUUGUGGAGCUCUUAGAGAAAGUACUUGUAUGGUUCUAGUGUUUGCAGUAUCAUUAUCAAUCGUCCUUGUACUGGAGUUAGCUGCUGCAAUUUCAGCUUAUGCUCUUCAAGAUGGAAUAAAGGACCUUCUUGCAGAUAAAAUUAAUGUAACCAUGCAUCAAUAUGGAAAAAAUAAAGAAGCUACGGAUGCUAUUGAUUUUCUACAAUCAAGGCUUUACUGCUGCGGAUAUAAUGGAUACGAAGACUGGGCGGAAAUUAUGAAAGAAAAUCAUAUAGAACUCCCAAAAUCUUGCCGACCAUGGGCAGACAUUAAUGGAAACACUACCUCUACAAUUGAUAACGAUGAAAUUGCUUUUGCUCCUUAUGCACCUGGAUGUAUUAAACACCUUUCAGUUAUUAUUUACAGGAGUGCAUUGUAUAUUAGUACCGGCGCUGUGGCCAUCGCUCUUAUUCAGUUGACUGGAAUAAUGUUUGCCUGCAUGUUAGGCCGAGCAAUCAGAAGGCAGAAAACCGAGAGGGAAAGGCGUAAAUGGGAAUUAAGAGAAAGUUUAGUCAAUGGUUAUCAACCAUUAGGAAAAUCAGAUCCUUUCACUACAUUCCCAGUUAUUUACAUGUCCCCCUCUGAAACCUUAAAGAACGCUUAGUAUCCUUUCCUAUUAUAAGUUUUUAACCAGUUUUUAAAAAUAUUCUCUCCUCCCGAAUAAUAUUUUUCAUUUUUUAAAAGUAUUUAUGUAUUUCGAUCGUUUACAAUUCUGAAAAUUACUAGGUCUAUAUUGUGAUCGAAUUAUAUUAUUCACUUUUGUAGAUUACUCAUUUAAAUUUUAUAGAUAUAGCUAAUCCUAUGACUUCAAAUUCUUUAUAAUAAUAAUUGUAACUUAUGCUACGUUAUAUUUUUAUAUAGAACUGCAAUUGUAGGUAAUGUGUAUAAAGAUUUAAUAUAUACAUUUCUGUAAAUACAAUAAAAUGUAUACUUAAAUAUUUCUUA